AUGAAAGAAGUUAAAAUAAAUAUCAAUGUGGAGAAAAUAUUCACUGCAUGCCAGGGCAUCAAGUCCACCGAUGAUCUUCUGAAGCACGACACUCCAAAAGACUACACAUAUCUGAUAUAUCGUAUCUUUGAUGAGGGUAUAGAGAUAGUAAGCGGUGCAGACAAUACUAGUGAAGUAGUGCAGAUCUUGGAUACGCUUGAAAAUAGAAUGAUAGAAUACUUUUCAUACAAUACAUAUGGAAAACAUGCCAUGCAUGGCCUAUACAAGGCACUGAAGGAUAAAAAAAAAGAGGAAGUAAGAAAGCAUUUCAUCAGCGUAAUCAAUGAUGUUAUAAAGCCAAACACCCACAUAUACAGUCCUUGUCUUGGAAUACACAUACAGGAUGACAGGAGUAAACAGCUGGGGAUCGACAUAAAUGACGAGAUGCCUGACCUAGCAAGCCCAAGAACAUGCACUCUGUGGAUUGAUGAUGAAAGGUUUUUUUAUGAUCUGAAAUACAUGAUGGAAACUGCCAGAAAAAGACUGGAUAAGGAGUCUCUCUGCCACAUUGCAAACCUGCUCUACUCGGAGAAUA